GGUGCGCGGGUGACGCUCAAGAACGUUCCGAGUGUACCGUUUGCCUUGUGCCGUGUGUUUUGUGCCGUGUGUCGGGCCUCGAGGUCCUGAGGAUGUGCAAAGCAAGGUCGUCGCAAGGAGUGAGUUCUGGAGUACUUUAAGGGUGAUGGCGGUCCCGUGGGCGUGGGGCGCGGCGCUGGCCCUUCUGCUCACCCUCACCCUGCUCGUCACGCCAGGUGGAGGCGUGGAGUGCUUCGUCUGCAGCUACUCCCCGCGCAGCAACAGCUCGAGGAUGGACGGCUGCACCAAGGACAACUUCACCGAGGAGAGGGUCGAGACGCGCUCCUGUGACCUGGGCUGCGAGUCGGUGGCUGUCUAUGACCUCAACGACGAGCUGGAGAGUUACCACCGCAACUGUGCCACCAACGACACCAUCAUGACCAACACCUGCGAGACCUACACCAACAUCAUCCUGACGCGCGAAGUGUGUUCCUGCGACUGGUCCUACUGCAACACUGCAUCGGGGGCCGCGCCCUUGUGUGCGGCGCGGGCGGCGGCAGUCCUGGCGCCGCUUCUGGCCUUGGUGGGGGCGUUGCGGGGCGGCGCGCUGGUAUGAGGCGACGCCUGCUCCCUACACGUUACCCUCUACACCGCAAUGUAUACAUGUAUAUCUUUUUCAAAAGUUCUUUUUUUUUGGUGAACAGCAGCCACUCUAAGGUUAAUGUGCUUCAUUAUGAAUUUUAAAAAAUCAAGUGUCAUAAGGCUGCAGCGAGGCGCGGGGCAGGUUGCCAUGGCGUCCCCUCGCGGCCUCCCACCCCGCCCCGUUCAGUCCGGCAGCAGCCUCCGACGCAGAGCGUGGUUCCUGCCGCUGCCGCCGCCGCCGCCGCCUCACGCCCUGCGAGGCCCUGCACCACCCAGCACGCACCUGGCGGGGCCGCGGGGCAGCUCUUUUCGCCAAGUGAUAAAUGAGUUGAUCAAGACUGAACGUGUGUACACCGCCACCCACGACUCUAGUCACUGCGUCGCCACGCCCUCGGGCCAGCCAGCGGGUCACUGUGCUCUCCCCUGCCGCCACGCCGUCGCCGCCGGCGCCGCCGCCACCUCUCAACACGGAACUCAGUGAUCUCCACGCUGCCGUCGCCGAGGCAGGCCUGCCGGCGUGCCUGCGGGCGCCGGGCAGCGUCGUGCCGCCGCACGGGCCGGUCAGCCGUCCAGUAGAGUCACGCGCCACCGUGCAGUCCGAAUUAGUAGGGGAGCGGCGCGAGGAGCCUCACAGCUAGUCAGAGCCAGACGCUCAGUGUGUCCGGGCAAAGCUUUGGUUUCUCUUUCUAUUUUGUGCUUGUUUAUAAUUUUGGAGGCACUGAGGUGGGAGGCAGCCGGCGUGCGGGGGCGCCCCGCCCUGUUGUCCUGAGGCACAUAGUCAGGGCGCCCCGAGGCCCGCCGCCGGUGCCUCUCAAGCAAUAAACACCCCGUUCAUGUGUACACGUUAGGUACCUCCGUCACUGCCACGCCAAACACAGUACCGGCGGGCCGGGAGCGGGACACUCCGCCCCUCGGCCCGGCCCUGCCAGACAUCGCGGCGCAGCCUUAGCUUGUAGGUUUCAUAUUUUGGGUUCCAUGAGCUUUCUUCUUGCAAAAAAAGGGAAUUUCAUGUAUUUUAUAGACAGUUUUUUGUACUUGUUUCACGUGGCGAGGAAGGCGUGGCUUGGCGCCGCCGGUAGGCUGUGGGGCGCCGCGGGGUGUCUUGCCAUCCUCACAGCCCUGCCGGCGGCCGCGGCCACGCCCGCGUCCCCGCCGCCCGUCAGCCACGCCCGGGAUGUGAUAGUGUGUCCUGCGCGGCGCCGCAGCCCUGCGGCCGAGGCGUGUGACGCUUUCCUUGACGAUGCUUUACAUGUACAGUUUUUUAAGACGCCUCCGUGACCACUGGCAUUCGUCUUUCAUAAUGGUCAAGUCUAUAAUAUAUUAUUCCAUAGAUUUUAUACCACAUUUUAGGUUUGUAAAAGAUGCUAUAUAUAAAAGUGUAUGUAAUAUACUUAAAAGUUUAGUGCCGUUUUAGGGUAGAUAUAGAGUAUAUGUGUCUUGCAGGGUGAGCAGUGAGUGUUGUCACACCUGCCUGACACACCUGGCCCAGCAGGGAACAGCCUGGGCACCACCAGCACCUACUACCUACCUGUCAAUAAAAUAUGAAUGAAU